AUGAGACAAAAAGUGAUAAUUGAUAUGCAAUUUAUGGGACAAAUGACUAACAAAGAAGUGACACAUUCAAGUAUGACUUCAAUGUCAUCAUCGCUUUUAAACAAUCAAUUGAAGUCAACAUUACACAGAAAGUCAUAUUUGGAUGUCUUUCCUAAACAUCAAUUAGUCUAUUUGAGUGCCGAUUCGCCUAAACCACUGACAUCCUUGACUUCAACCGAUAUGUAUAUAAUCGGUGCCUCAACGGGACAAUCAUCACAAAAGUUGAACACUUAUGAUAGUGCUCUGAGAAAUGGCAUCCGUUCCGUCAGAUUACCCAUUGAUGAGUACGUAAUGUGGAAGUGGUAUAACCAAGUAUUGUCACCCUAUCAGACAUUUGCUAUUUUAUUAGACUUUUAUGUUACCAAUGAUUGGACUAAAUCUAUCAUUAGUAAUGUUAAUAGCGAUUUGGUUUCACAAUCAAUUUGA